AAUUUGCUAUCAAGUCUUUUAAUUCCCCCACUUUACUUGCUGUACCUAGGCCUCUGGAUUCCAAUUAUUGAAACCAUGACACUGCUCUCAAGCUGGUGUUACGAUGGAUCCUUGCCUGAAAGUUACGUGAUGCCACCGGAGACAAGACCCGGCGACCUCAUUGUUCCAAUGGAAAAAUCCAUCCCAGUGAUCGAUCUUCAGCGUAAAGAUCGAAAGGAGACCAUUCAACAAAUUAUGAAAGCCGGCCAAGAGUUCGGAUUUUUCCAGAUUAUCAACCAUGGAGUUUCAGAGGAUUUAAUGGACGAAACCAUGAAUGUUGCAGAGGAAUUCCAUGCAAUGCCAGUCUUGGACAAGGAAAGGGAAUGCGCCAAGGACCCCAACGGCAGCUGCAAGCUGUACACAAGCAGCUACGUUUAUCCCAGGGAGGAUGUUCACUUGUGGAGAGAUGCCGUCAUUCACCCUUGCCGUCCUUUAGACCAACACAUUCAAUUUUGGCCUGAAAAGCCAAAUAGAUACAGAGAAGUAGUUGGGGCUUAUUCGGUUGAGUUAUGGAAACUGAGCUGUAGAAUACUGGAGCUUAUAUGCGAAGGAUUAGGGCUUAGCCUUAAUUAUUUCAGCAAUGACCUCAGCCAGGUUCCCCAAAUCAUUAUUAAUCACUACCCUCCAUGCCCUGAACCCAGUUUAACACUGGGAUUAUUGAAACACCGUGACCUUACCAUCAUCACCAUUCUUCUUCAAACCCAAAUAAAAGGCCUCCAAGUCUUCAAAGAUGGACGGUGGAUCGGCAUCGAACCACUUCCUCAUGCCUUUGUGGUUAAUAUAGGCUCCCUUUUAAUGUUUAUUAGCAAUGGGAAACUGAACGGAGCUGAGCAUCGAGUGGUGACGAAUUCGAGAGAUGCCAGGACGACUGUUUCUUUCUUCGUGUAUCCAAGUGACGAAAGCAUCAUAGAACCGGCGAAAGCUUUGGUUAAUGCAAGCAAUCCUGCAAUUUACAAGGCCUUCAAAUUUGCUGACUUCAUUAAUGUCUCCAUCAUCAACCCUGACGAUGAAGCUUUGAAGGAGCUUAUAUACAACUCCACGGCUUAAAACUCUGUAGUUUUCGAAGGCUUUGAAUUCGAAUGAAGUAACACUGUCAUGUGAUAAAAAGUAAGGUUUCGAAUUAGAAUAAAUAAUAAUGUGAUGGGAUACAACAAAGACUACUUAUUU